AUGUCGAAAAAGUUUACGGAAAAGCUCCUCCAGUCCGGGCCGAAUGUAAGCAAGAAAUUCCACUCGAGCUUUGGCGCCUCAAUUCUAGCAAAGUACGGCUGGAAGGAAGGCCAGGGACUCGGAAAGGACGAGAAUGGAAUUGUAGAUCCAGUCUCCCUCAAGAAAGUCACUGGCAAUCCAGGGCUUGGAACCGAGAAUAAAAAGGACGACGAGUGGUCCAAUUGGUGGGACGACAUGUACAAUAAACUUGCCGCAAAAGUGGACAUAAAGGCAGAUGAUAAAAGGGAGAAGAAAUCCGAAUCCAAAAAGGUUACUUGA